AUGAGACUUGUUGUACCUACCACACUAUCUUUUCUCAUAUCUUCAGUUGCGGCCGUAUGGCCGAUACCCGUUUCACAUGAGCAUGGCGACACCGUUCUUUUCAUCUCGAAAGAUGUGCCAUUCUAUUGGUACGAAGCUGGCGCAAGAAAUGUAGGCUCAAUCAUAGAUCAGAUUCCCUUUCUCUUCGCAUCACAUUCUAACAGCAGCCCCGAUAUUCAGGACAGCAGCGAGCUGAAGCUACGCAAGACCUACACAGAACCAGUACUCAGCGAGGCUUCCGGGAAUUCUAGCCAACAAGGCGUUACCAGCGAGGACAUUAUCGAGUUCGCUAUCAGUUCCACUUGGCAAACAGUUUUCAAGAACAACUUCUACCCAUGGAAGUUUCACCCUCGAGACUGGAAUGAGCCAUCUCCAAACUCGUCAAAUACAACAUACGUCUCUCGCGUCGAUGUCAAAUUGCUCAAAGCCGAUCAGCCGAAUGUCGCUAAGCCGCUUGCUGGAGAGGUCGACGAAUCUUAUAGUCUGACCUUAACAGAGCAGGGUGUUGCAAGCAUCAGCGCAAAUACCAGCAUAGGGAUAGCACGAGGCCUGACGACAUUUACGCAGCUCUUCUAUGCACACUCCAACAAGCAGGAUGUAUACACCCUUUCGUCACCUGUGCGGGUAUUCGACAGUCCGAGAUUCCAGCAUCGCGGCAUCAAUCUCGAUACCUCACGCCACUACUUCUCCACAGCCGACGUCAAACGGCAAAUCGACGCAUGUGCUUACAACAAGAUGAAUCGGUUUCACCUCCACGUGACAGAUAGUCAGUCCUGGCCUUUGGAGAUACCUUCCAUGCCUGAGCUAUCUGCCAAGGGGGCAUACCGUCCAGAUCUAGUAUACACCGUAAAUGACUUCAGAGACUUCCAACGCCAUGCAGCAAUUCAAGGCGUAGAGAUGAUUACCGAAAUCGACAUGCCAGGCCAUACCUCAAGCAUACACCAUAGUUUCCCAGAACUAGUAGCGGCAUUCGAGCAACAACCAGACUGGAAUACCUACGCCGCGCAGCCGCCAACCGGCACACUGAAACUGAACUCUACCGCCGUCUACGAUUUCGUCGAGAAGCUCUUUAAUGAUUUACUCCCGAGAGUCUACCCGUACUCAGCGUACUAUCACACUGGCGGUGAUGAAGUAAACCGGAAUGCAUACUUACUCGAUGAAACGGUAAAGAGCAAUGAUUCGGCUAUCCUGCAACCCCUCAUGCAGACAUUCGUUGAUCGAGCCCACGAUCAGGUACGCGCCAUGGGACUCACACCUGUGGUAUGGGAAGAAAUGCUAUUGGAAUGGAACUUGACACUUGGCUCUGAUGUGAUUGUGCAGUCGUGGCGGAGCGACGAGGCAGUUGCACAGAUCACCGCAGCGGGGCAUAAAGCCUUGGUUGGAAACUACAACUACUGGUACCUCGACUGCGGUAAAGGCCAAUGGCUCAACUUUGACCCCUCAGUCAGCGCCCAAUACUGGCCUUACCAGGACUACUGUGCUCCCUUUCAUAACUGGCGUCUGAUCUACUCGUAUGACCCCUUAUCCGGCGUUCCUCCUGAGAACCAGCAUCUCGUACUAGGUGGUGAAGCGCAUAUGUGGGCCGAGCAGACCGACCCCGUUAAUGUCGAUAGGAUGAUUUGGCCCCGUGCUGCUGCGGCUGCGGAGGUGCUUUGGUCGGGCGCCAAGGAUGCGUCGGGCCAGAAUAGAAGUCAGAUUGAUGCGGCGCCUAGGUUGAGCGAGAUGAGAGAGAGGCUGGUGGGCAAGGGAAUUGGGGCCGAGCCGAUUCAGAUGCCGUACUGUACUAUGGAGGGGAAUGUUUGUCAAUUGGGGUUUACUGGGUGA